CGACGACAAGGCUCUAUUCGACCGGACCACCGACCACCGUCAUUUGGCGACACAGCAGCUCAGCCGUCAUGUUGCUGACAUUGGCAUAUGCAAACGGCACGUCACAGCACCUGCGCGGUAUCUAAUUCUGGUCUUGAUAUGUUGCUUAAGAAGAAGUGGAUGCCCAGUUGCGGGGGACGAGACUUGAGCCUCCAACUUCAACCAUCAAUAGUCCAUUAUGAAGACAUUUUCCAGCCUCGUAGUUGCCACAUGCUGGCUGUUCGUGGCCUUAGCCCACGGCCACACAGUACUCUCCUAUCCAGGAUGGAGAGGCAACACCUUCAUCACAAAUGAGACGUACCCCUUCGGGAUGCAAUGGACCUACCCAUGUGGCGGCCUCGGCGUGACGCAAAACAGAACCCACUGGCCCAUCAGCGGGGGCGCCCUCGCCGUCCAACCGGGCUGGAACUCGGGACACAAGACGGCGCUCAUGUUCAUCAACCUCGGCCUCGGCGAGUCGCCGAAGAACUACUCCAUGGUCAUGGUGCCCCGGUUCCAGCUGACGGGGCCCUCGAACCAGGAGUACGAGGGGACGUUCUGCCUCCCACAGGUGCCGCUGCCGGCUGGUGUGACGCCCAAGGAGGGCGAUCUGGCGUCAAUACAGGUCGUGGAGGCCGCACAGCAUGGUGCGGCGUUGUUCAGCUGUGUCGAUAUUAUCUUUACGGAAGACGCGUCAAAGGUUACCCCAGUGACAGCGGAUAAUUGCUUCAACUCGACGAACCUCAAGGUUGAAGCGGCGACGCUCGAGACGAAUUCUUCGCCCAUUACUGACCCAUCGGCCCCGGCGACCACGACAACUACUACACCGAGCGCGUCUCCAACUAGUGGAGCUCCUCGGCUGACGUCAAGCAUUUUCGGUCUCUUAGCCAUAUUGUUGUUUGUUUGAAAGCUCUGGCAGUCGA